AUGAAAGCCUCUCUUCUCCUGUCGCUUGUCUCGCUCGUUUCCGGGUCGAUCAUUAUCGAUGACCCAAGCGACAUUCUUCCACAGCAACAAUGGGCCUCUGACAAUGCAAUCAAAGCCGAUUAUGAUGUUCCGGUGAUAUACUACCAGACAAUCGCUAAUGUCGCACCGUAUAAUGUCGCACACCAACGAAAGACAUUUCAAAAUGCAAUUUUGAAAGGAAAGAGCAACGACACCAGUGUUUUAAUUGCCACCGACGGUUCAGUUGUGAAUGUGAAAGAUACUGAGGUGAUCAAGCUUGGAUACUCCAGCAAUCUCGUGCAGGCGAGCUUCUUCGGAGUGAACGCAGCAGUUCUUGCAGCCAAUCGCAGUCAGCUCUACCUAUCCGACGUGAACAUCACCACUCACAACGGCGCGGCCAAUGUUUACGCCUAUGGCACUGGUACUCUCAUCAACGCAGAGGAUAUAUGGUUGUAUAGUUCAGGGCCCACGGCACAUGGCCUAUAUGCGAGCGGAAACGGUACAAUCAAUGCUAGAAAUGUGCAAGUGUAUAGUGGUGGAAACCGUUGCUCUGCCUUCUCUGGGGACAACCCUGCAGGGUAUCUAUAUAUUCGGGACUCUGUUGCUCACACUGGCGGAAUCGGAUCCGCAAUCGGUUUCGUCUUAGGAGAGAUGAACUUAACAAAUGUGGUUGGUUCUGCGGACAGAUCUCCAGCGUUCUUCACUAUCGGUGGUGCUGUUGGAUCUUGUACAAACUGUGAUCUGACUGCUGGACUCCUUGCUGGCUUGAUCAUUUUCAGUUUAGGCAAGAGCUCGGGUGUCAAUUACUUUUACUUGGAUCACACCAGAAUAGUGGUCAACCAUGAAACCGCUCCGGCCCUAUGGUUCGGUAGUGUUGUUGGGGAGGUAUACGUCCGACAUACCGAAUUUGUGACAAACUCCGGGUUAUUGGCAAUAGCAAACUAUUCCACCAUCACUCAGGAGUUUGACUUCUAUGGUGGAUACGUUGACAACCCGAGCGCAAUAAGCACAGCAGAUGGCCGAGUGUAUGUGGAAGACAGUACUCUGAAUGGUGACCUCGUUGCCUACAAUGGCAGUACCCUAGGGUUGCACCUUAGCGACAACUCAUUUUGGACGGGCAAGGGCUACAUUGGGUAUGGAAAUGCAGAUUUGGGCGUGGCCUUGGAUGCGUCCAGCAUCUGGAACGUGACGGGCAAUACGGCCCUCUUGAACCUGACCAAUGCUGAUGGCACAUUUUCCAAUGUUCGGGGCAAUGGCUUUUCCAUCACAUACAAUGACAGUGCACCAGCUAACUGUCCCUUGCGAGGCCGUACCUUCAAGCUGAAAGGAGGUGGUACUGUCUCACCUAUUGCAAAGUGA